CAUGUGUGAAUAUGACGUCAUCAUCCGACCCCGGAUCUUCUUCUCCUUGUUUUGGUUGUUGCUGCUACGAUGAGGCAAACUUCAUUAACCAUUGGAGGCAACCCGCGGUUAUUGAUGUAGCAAGCUGCUAAGUCUUGUCGACAAGAUGUGUGAUCAGAAAAAUGGUGGUGACCAUGGUAAGAUGUUACACAUUGAUGAUGUGGACGAGCUGUCAGCCAGUGAUGAAUCAGAGCCUGAAGAACAAACCAGCACUACUGCCUUUGACGUUGACUGUGACGUUGACGACGAUGAUGUAAAUGAUGACGAUGGUGAUAAUGAUGGUGAUGAGGUCUCUGCUCCAGCUGCAGGACACAGAGCUCAGAGUGCAUUCAGUCUGAAAGGUGGAAACCAGGCUUUCUCCAACCGCAGCCACAGCAUCUUUGAAUGCCUGGACAGUGUUUCCCAGCUGGCCUCCUCCUCUCUGAAACAGGACAAUAUUACAGACAGAGUGUUUGCUCAUUCUCUGUCUUCACGUCCAAACAGGAAGACCAGCAUGCCUCCACCAAGCUGCCCCACACCAGCCAAGAAGAGAGGAGUCCCAGACUACCUGGUGCAUCCUGAGCGCUGGACACACUACAGUCUGGAGGACGUGAACUGCGACGAGAGCAACAGCAAGAUCGCUCACCAGUUCCUGUCCAGUCUGCAGCAGAGGAAGGAACAACAGGAGAGUCGGACGGAUCCCGACUCUAACAACAAGCAGAAGAUUAUCUUCUCCAAACCGAGCAAGUUCCUGGUGGAACAACCUGCCAACCAGCUGUCAGCUGUUGAAAACAAAGAGCAGGAGACAUGCCUCAGUCAUCUGAAGGAGGACAGUGAAGAUGAGGAGGCUGGACGAAGUAGAAAACACCAGAGUGUAGAUACGGCUGUGGAAAAGGACAAAGACAUGGGGGGAGCUGUGGCUCCAACAGAGGAGAUGAAGGAGAAAAUGGAAGAGGCCAACCCGGCCUUUUCCUUCUUCAGGAAGACCACGCGUAAGAAUUACAGGAAGAACUCAGGGCAAGAGGACAACUGACCGAAAAAAAUCAAACAGAGUACAUCUUGUAUAGAAAAAAUAAAAUCACUCUGGUCCAUUCAAAUAAUCUGAUUUCACUGUUUUCAGAGCAGUUUCAUUGCUGAGUCACCAAACAACCUCAUAAAGACCAGUUUCACCACUGACCCCAUCAGCUUUACCCAUGGCUGGGGUUGGAAAUGUGAACGAAGGGUUUAGCUGUUAGUUAAUCUGUUCUGAUGUUAGCAUGCCAGCUGACUGUUUUACCACCCAGUCAAUAGCUACUUUUACAUCCAAGACUGAGGACUAUUUUAUAAGCUUGCUACAUUGUGUGGGGUUAAAAUAUAAUAUUUUAUACAUUAUCAUUGUUCUCCUUCCCUCUUCAUCUUUCAUCAUACUCAUGGUGUUAAUGUUAAAGGUUGUCAGUUCUCAACAAACAUUGUUAACCCUCAACAUAUUGAUGCCCCUUCUAAUGCACAACAUGGGUCAAAAAUGACCCACAUUUAUUGGCUGUGUGUUUCUGUGCUCUGUCUUUUGAUAUGAACUUAUUUUGUGAUUGAAUAUUCCAAAUAUUCUUUAAAUAUCUUGUUUGUGAUAACAACAGAUCAUUAUUUCCAUUUUGCUUCUCAUACUUUAUGAAGAAAAAAAGUUUUUGUAUUAUUACAUAGCCAAGAAGUUAGCUAAGUAGUUAGCUUAGCAAGCUACUUAGCCAAGAAGUUAGCUAAGUAGUUAGCUUAACAAGCUACUUAGCUAACUACUGAGCCAAGAAGUUAGCUCAGUAGUUAGCUUAGUAAACUACUUAGCUAACAACUUAGCCAAGGAGUUAGCUAAGUAGUUAGCUUAGCAAGCUACUUAGCUAAAAAUGGAUACGGGUCAUUUUUCACCCAUGUUGUGCAUUAAAAGAGUAGUGACACAUAAAGGGAUUUUAAUUAAAAAAAAAAAAAAAAAAAAGGAAAACACAAAAUUUGUAAUUUAUUGCAAAGAUAUAGAACAUAAAAACUUGAGAAAACACUUUAGACCCAUGUUGUGCAUCAAAGGGUUAAAAAUGACCAUGGAGUUUAAUAGGAAAGCUGCUGCUGUUAUUAUUAGUUACAGUUCAAAAUUUACAAAAGCUGCAGUUUAGUUAAAAAAUGCCUGAGGAAGUGGGUAAACUUUUUUUUUUUCAUAAAAUCUGCAUGACAGCAGUGAUUGUUACAUCCUGCUUCUCCAACUGGGGAGAGAAAUUAGAAUUUCAUUAUCUUCAUUUGAUCUGUACUUUUAUUAGUCUUAAUCUGAAAUAAAGUAGGAAUAUUGAUUUGUAUUAUUGUAUUUGUUAUUCUUUUAAAAACAUUCAAACUGAAAGUUGUGGCUUAUUGAAAAUGAGAAAAUAAAAUGUAUUUACAUCCA